AUGAAACAUCUAAAGUCUAAUAAUCAAAGAAUUCACAAGAAAGGGACACCUCAAUACCAAUUCCAAGUUGAUUUACCAAUGUCUAAAGAUGCUGCUAUCGGCGAGGUAUCAGAAUCCGAUAAAUACUUCAUGGAACAAAGAGAUUUGCUCCUACAAGAUAUUAAUAAUACGACAGAUUCUAUUUUAAAUCAUUUAAAUGGGCUCAAUAUAUCAUUAGAGAAUUCCAUUGCAGUUGGAAAGGAGUUUGAGAGUGUUUCGGAGCUUUGGAAAUUGUUUUACGAUGGUCUGGCAAACGGUAAUGGGGUUGGAGCUUCUAGUAGUGUCCCUAAUACAUCUUCGCAGGAUAUAGAAGCAGAUCCGACGUCUGAAAGCAAUAAACAAACAGAUGACAGUGAGAAUAGAAGCCCUUGA